UCCCCGAGAGGAGCUCUACAUGCCGCCAAUCGUCAUCAAAGUCAUUGACAACCGUCAGUUUGGGAGGAAGCCGGUGGUCGGACAGUGCACCAUCCGCUCGCUGGAGGAGUACCGCUGCACCCAGGAAGAAGAACAAGCUGCGGAGGAGGAGGGAGAGGAGGAGGGAUGGAGACGUGAGACGUCCCAGUUAAUUUCUGGAGAGGUUUUUAUUGACAUCGAUGAUGAGCUGCCACUUGUGUCUGACCAGCUUGCAGAUGGAACCAGUUCUGCUAUCAUUAACCUUUCAGCCUCUAGUUCCAGCCUUCAUGGAGAAGAGAUUAUGGACUGGUGGAGUAAGUUCUACGCAUCAACUGGAGAGAAAAAUAAGUGUGGGGCUUAUCUGGAGGAUGGCUUUGACACUCUAAAGGUGUAUGACCGGGAGCUGGAGAAGGUCGAGGAUUUUAAAGGGCUCUCUGAUUUCUGUCAAACAUUCAAACUGUACAGGGGAAAGACUCAGGAUGAAGGAGAUGAUCCUUCGGUGGUGGGAGAGUUCAAGGGUAUGUUUAAGAUCUACUCCCUCCCAGAUGACCCCGGUGCCCCUACUCCCCCAAGGCAGUUCAGAAAGCUGCCUCCCAACGGUAUCGAGGAGUGCUUGGUCCGAGUCUACAUCAUCCAGGCUCAAGGACUGCAGCCCAAAGACCCCAACGGGAAGUGUGACCCAUAUGUGAAGAUCACGCUGGGGAAAAAGGCCGUCAACGACCAUGAAAACUACAUCCCAUGUACACUGGACCCAGUCUUCGGAAAGAUGUUUGAGCUCACAUGUUCUCUCCCACUGGAGAAGGACCUCCGCGUGAUGCUGUACGACCACGACAUGCUCACCAAAGACGAGAAGAUUGGAGAGACGGUGAUCGACCUGGAGAACCGCUUCCUGUCCAAAUAUGGAGCCGUGUGUGGCCUGCCACAGUCUUAUUGUGUAUCUGGCGUAAACCAGUGGCGAGACCAGCUGACCCCCACGCAGCUGCUGUACAGAUUCUGUGAGAGAAUAAAUCUGCGGAAGCCGGUUUAUGAAGAGGAAGCAGUCCGCUUCAAAGGAGACCGAUACACAGCUGCCGACCUCGAGGACAAAAAUGUGUCCAAACGUCAUCUUGGCCCAAAGGAUCGACUGUCCCUUCACAUCUUAAGGAUGGGAUUGGUACCCGAACAUGUGGAAACCAGACCGCUGUACAGCCCGCUCCAACCUGACAUUGAGCAGGGGCGCCUGAUGAUGUGGGUUGACCUCUUCCCAAAGUCUCUGGGACCACCCGGACCUCCGUUCAACAUCACACCGCGCAAGGCCAAGAAGUUCUUCCUGCGUUGCAUCAUCUGGAACACCAGUGAUGUCAUCCUGGAUGAUGUCAGCAUCAGCGGGGAGAAGAUGAGCGACAUUUAUGUCAAAGGCUGGCUCGAGGGACACGAACACAACAAACAGAAGACUGACGUCCACUAUCGCUCUCUGGGCGGAGAGGGAAACUUCAACUACAGAUUCCUGUUUCCCUUCAAUUACUUACCAGCAGAACAACUGUGUGUUGUCGACAGAAAGGAACAUUUCUGGAGUUUGGAUAAAGCCGAGACUAAACUGGCACCUAAAAUGACCAUUCAGAUCUGGGACAACGACAAGUUCUCCUUCGACGACUACCUCGGCCACCUGGUGAUGGACCUGAACCGCAUGCUGCGUCCAGCAAAGUCUCCAGAGAAAUGUACCCUGCAGAUGCUCGACCAGCCGGCGGACAAACUGGUGUCUCUGUUUGAACAGAAGACUGUCAAAGGCUGGUGGCCCUGCACCUGCGAGAACAACGGAGAGAAGAUCAUCGCUGGGAAGGUGGAGAUGUCUCUGGAGAUAGUGACGGAGCAGGAGCAGGAGGAGAGACCAGCCGGCCUCGGCAGAGAUGAACCCAACAUGAACCCUCACCUGGAGGAGCCUCAGCGUCCAGAGACAUCCUUCCUGUGGUUCUCCUCCCCAUACAAGACCCUCAAAUACAUCCUGUGGAGGCGAUUCAAGUGGGUCAUCAUUCUGUUCAUCAUCCUCUUCCUCAUCGUACUCUUCCUCGGAGUCUUCCUCUACUCCUUCCCGAACUAUGCUGCCAUGAAGAUGGUGGGACCAUUUGGACCAGCCAAGGCAGCAGAGUGAUGAUGAGGAGCACUGGAGCGAAAAGAAAAGGAGACAUGAAUAAAUGGAGACAAAAAAAACCGUACCAUUGUUCUGAGAGUCAAACGAGGGCAGAUUUUAUUAGCCCUUUUCUUCUUUUCUCUUCUUGAGACUUUUCCGUUGUCUCCCGGAGUCACGAGUGAUGAUGUCAAUCAAAUUGCCAGUUCCAGAUGCCCUUUGAUACAGUCAGGCCUGAUUAGCAGUAGCUGUGUGUGUGUGUUUUGUUUGAUUUGUGUGUGCGCGCAUGGGGAAGAGUGUGCAUUUGUGCCUUUGCCGUUAGAUUCACUUCUGUACUUCUGUGCUGAAAGCGUUUCCAAAGUUGCUAUCAGAACUCAGCGUGUGCCGUCUGCAUCGCCGUCAUCCCACAGUCAUCUCUUUCAUCUCUCUUCCCCUCCGCCUCUCUCUCUCUGCUGCCCUCACGCAGAGAAGGAGGAGAAGAAAAGCUCGCCGCUGAGCAGGGCCGCGCUCAGAAACGGCUGAAACAGAAUUAAAGAUCGUGAUGUUGACGGUGUUUGAUCUUUUUGCCGCCCGCUGCUUCCCAGCGAGGGGCAGAGUCGGGUCAGGCAGUCAGUUUACCGACUCAUGUCAAACUUUAUCACUCCAAAAAUUCAAUCUGAGGUUAAAGCGAGACGGGAGUUUUCAGCGGUUAUUCUCUUUGAAUUGCCUUUUUAUGUCAUCGCCAUGCUGCUUUCACGUGCAGUCAGAUUGUUUUUUUGUUUUUUUUAACUGUCAAAUCAGAGUUAUUCUGUUAGAAGUGAAACCUAUUAUCCAAGCUGGGUGUAUUUCUUUAUUAUAUCUUUUCACACGCGGUCACAUACGAUGCCUUCAGGUGCUGUGGGAAUUCUCAGCACUUCCUGUUCAAAAGAAGAAAAAUAGAUUACUGUGCCUCCACUCCUUAGCCCAUCAUUUUGCCUGCUCAGGUGCUU